AUGGGCUGCGGCCCCGCCUGCGGCGUGGCCUGCGCCGAGGGUUCGGGCUGCGGCGCCGGCGGCAGCACGAUUCUUAGCUACGUCGGCGCGGGGGGCGACUACGUCCAGGAGACCACCUACCGGUACGUGGGCAUGGGCGCGGGCGAGUUCGGCGUGGUGCGCAUCCCAGGGCGCGGCCCGAGCUGCUGCCUGCUCGUGAUCCCCCUGGGGCUGUGUCUGCUUCUGCUGCCUCUCCUGCUGUUCGCGCUGGCGCCGGGCUCGACGACGACGACCACCACCACCACCACCACCACGCCGUUUAUUCCGCCGAGCACGGCGCCGCCCGACACCACCACCACAACCAAGAAGACGACCACCAAGCCGCCGCCCCCGCCCCCGCCGCCCCCCCCGCCGCCCCCCCCGCCGCCCCCGCCGCCCCCGCCGCCUCCGCCCCCGCCGACCACUGAGAAAAGAAGAUCAACUGCGGCGAGGGCGAUGUCGUGUCCUGGGACGUGCCCAAGAAGGUCUACUGCUGCCUGCACGAGGGUAAGGGCUGCCCGACGACGCCGGCGGCGCCCAGCACCAUGCCGAUGCCAGUGGUGA